AUGUAAGUAAGCUAAUUAGCAAGCAAGUAAGUAAGUAAAUUUAUUUAUUCGCCUAUCUAUCUAUUUGUUAAUUUCUAAUUUUUCAAUUUAAAGUAAAGCAUUAUGAAAACAUUUUCUUCCUUAAAAGAGCAGGGGAAGAUGAAAGGCAAAUCGCCAAACAUAAAAGAAAGAAUGCAAAUUUGCAAAGACCUGGGAAUAGACUACAAAUAAGAAAGUUAAAAAUAUAGUUGGAUUAUCGAUGAAGUUUAAAGGGCUCCAUUAGGCGAAGAUUGGGUUAAGUAGAUCGAUAAUGAGAAUAAUAUAAUUUAUUUUAAUGUGAAAGAAGACACGAAACAAUACUCGCACCCUUAAAUUAAAAACUAUAGAAAAACAUUUUUAGAAUAUGUGGCAAAUUGUGAUGCUGAAAGAUAAACUAACUAAGAAAAAAGCAUCCCAAAAUAUCUUAAAAGAAAAGAUUUUAUCAAUGAUGCAUAAGCGGUUACUACUAAUACUAAAUCUGGAUAGCUUAUUAGCUCUGACUAUAUACUUCCUAAAGAAAAUAAAUAAUUAUCUCAACUAUCGUUGCUAUUGUCGAGACUUACUUCUAUUAAAUAGGAGGAAAUAAACUUUUAAAAUUCGCAAUACAAUGAAAAUAAUAAAAAUACUUUAAUAGAAUUAGAAAGAGAAUUGAAUAACAGCUAUUCAUUUUACGAGGAGUUGUUGGGUAGUUCAAUCAUUUAACUUCCUGAGGAGUAUUAAAAACCUACUUAAACAAAUCCAUAUCAUAUUAUAAGGGCUUUUCAGAUAUUGAAUAUUAAUAGAAAAGACAUUUACUUAUUCUUUUUUGGAAAAUUAUAUUGCUUACUUCCUUUGCCUCCAUUAUGGCAGAGAUUCUAUGAUCCAAGUACUAAUCAAGAAUAUUUUUAUUACAGCAUGAGCUAAAUCAAAUUUUUUGUUCAUCCUUCUUAUUUUUACCUAUAAGACUAAAUUACUUACAUGAAGCAGCAUAAAUUUGAAAUAAUAAAUAACAACCCUACUUAUUACAAGUAAUUCAAAGUGAUGAAAUUUUAAGAUUAGCUCAUGAGAGAAUUCGAAAUUGACCUAUAAGAAUUAAUUGAUGAAAAUGAAACCAUAGAGACAAAUGCAGAUAAAAAGUAGAAUGUUUAGAGUAAGUUCCAGCAAUUAAAAAAACAAAAAGAGAAUGAAAAAAUUAGGCAAAGAUACAUAAAAUUAAAAAAAAUAGAAGAAAUAUAGGACAAAAUGUAAAAUGAUAGGUAAAAUUAUAGAAUCUAUUAAUAGGAACUACAGCUGUUAUAAAAGGAGCUCGAAAAAUUUGAUAGAGAAAACUCUUUUUUGGAUGAACUAAAUUUAUCUAAUAACUCUGAAAAUUCUAUAUCUGAAGCUAAUAAGCAAUCAAAAGAACCAGUCAAAGAAAAAAUUAGUGAUUUAGUGCUAACGUAGCUCUAUCAGCAAAUUUAUCUUCCUUAAUAGUUUAAAUUUUUGAUUGGAGCAAUCGAAGAGUUUCUUACUGACAAAUUGAAGACAGACAUUUGGUUUUAUACAAUCAAUGACGAAAAGAAAGUAAGAUGGGUGAACAAACUAAAUAAAAGAGUAAUUGAAACUUACCCUCAUAUUAAUGAACUAAAAUUGUACAUUGAUAAAUUGAAAGAGUACUAUGAGAAUUUGUAUUACGAAAAAAAGAAAGAUGCUAAAACAUACAAAGAAAAUUCUUUGGAGGAUUUCAAGAAUUUUAUUGCAGUAGAGAUAAUUAAAAAGGAGGCUUCUAAUUUUAUUUCUUAUUUGAUUUCUUGUAAAAAUGAAAAUAAAGUAUUUGAAUCUAUUGAUUAAAUCGAUUAUGAGUUUAAUUUAGUUUAUGAUGCUCUGGGAUUAACUUAAGAAGACAUAACAAAGGAAUAAGUCAUGGAAUUGCUAUUCUUUUGUCCAUUUAACUUCGAGAAAGAUAUAAAAUUCAACUUGUAGCAAUAAGAUUAAUCUAGCAACAAAUAAGGAACUUACAAUCUACCUUUUAAGAAAAUGCUACCAAAGAAAGCCAAUAAAAAUGCAAAUCAAUUAGAUUUCAGAGAGAAAAGGUCUAUUGUUGAUGAUAUACUGCAAGAAAUUAAAAAGGCUAGCAUAAUAAAUUAGUAAGAAAUAGAAUAAGAGAAAUAAAAUAAUGAAGUUGCUCCAGAAGAUUCAGAGCUUUUAAUAAAGCCAACUCUUAAGAGAGCAAACACAAUUUCUCCAACUAAAAAGGGAUCAAAAGAAAAUCUACAAAAGCAAUUUAUUUACCAAAGAAAAAUGAAAAGAAAUAACACAAUAAAUAAAAUUUAAUCUCCAAAGACUUAAAAAAAUAGUUCAAAGAGAAACAGUGAAGUUGAAACAUUUUUAAACAACGAUGAAGUUUUUGAAAAUACAAAUUAGCAGAGAAAGAAGCUUUCAAGUAUUUUAAAUAUUUCAGAUGAAAUGAAUUAAAGUAAGUAAAUCACAGGGGAAGACAAUUAAUAAAACAGCAUUUUAGGGAAAGAAGAAGAAAAUAGUUAGCAGCUAAUUAAGGAUAAAAAAAAUAAUGAUAGCAUUUUAAAUGAUGCUGAUCGUUUUUCUAGAAAGAAUGUUGGUAUUAAGUUUUAAAUAGAGUUAAUACCAAGCUUGAAAAGAGAGUCUUCGAUAAGAGAUAAUUCGAAAUCUCUACCAUCUCAGCCAUCUUAACAGGAAAUAAAAGAAAAAGAAUUAGUAAUUUAGAAAUUCAAAAGCAUCGUAGAAGAAUAAGAAGAGUAAUUAUCUCCUAAAAAGAAAACGAUUCUAAAAGAUUUAAGAUCAAAAAUAAAAUAACUUUUAGACCAAGAAAGAAAGAAAAUUUCAGCAUAAAUAUUAAAAUAUAAAUAAAACAAAACAGUCAAUAUAUCUUCCAACAAUAUUUCUGAUCUUGUCAGCGACCAAAAAAAGACCUUAGAUUCAAUAAACAUUGCAUCUAAAGAUGAUUCGUUUUAGUACAAGAAAUCUUUUAUCUUAAAUGACAACGACCAAGGAGACCACGUUAUAAAAGAAGCUUUGGACUAAUUGGAGGAGUACGAUAGAACAGAAGACUAUGGACCGAUAACGAAAAACAGAAGGAUUAUUUUGAAAAAAGAAGAUUUUAAUAUUAGCAAUCUUCUUAAUACAACAAAAGAUCUUGAAAGUCCAGUUUUUAAGUGGAAAAAAAUGAAUCUGUUUUAGUUAAAUCGAUAAAUGGUUAGAAAAGAAAAAAAGAUAAGGAGAAAAGUUGUCAUUGAUAAUGAAUAUGGAUUAAAGCCUUGGACAAAUUAGGUUUAACCUACUGAUAAUGAUAUAAAGAUAAUUAAAGAGUGUUUGUUAUUAAGAGCUUAUUUAGCAGAUGAAAGCUUAAACAAUAUAAAAAUAUAAAAUGAAUCAUUUGAAAGUGACAGCUCUUUUUCUCCUGUUAAAUAACGAAAAACUGUUAAAAAACCUAAAAAAAAUUCCAAAAAUAGUAAGAAAUCUGAAUUAUUUAAAAGAGUUCAAAGUGCUGAAAAUCAAUUUAGAUAGAACAAUUAAAAUAAAUAAGAAAAUAAAGAAAAAUAGGCCAACUUGAAAUUGUUAAGAUAGUAAUUAAACUCAACAAAUUCAAAUAGAAAAGACAAAAAUUUAAAUUAUGUUUAAAUGAUUGAAAAAACGUAUUUGAAAGACUGCGUUUAAACUUUGAAAUAAAACAAAAAAUUCGUCAAAAAAGAUUAAUUCUAAAAAAUUUUGGAAUACGAUUAAAGCGAUUACAAAACAAGUUAUUACAAUGAAAAUUCUUCAGAUUAGGAAAAUAAUCCAUUUAAUGUAAAAGGAUCGAAUGAAAAUAGUUUAGAUUUGAAUUUUAAUUACAACGCUCUGAAUGACAAAGAUUUCUUUUAAUCUUAGAAACAAAGAAAAUUCAAAAAUAAAAAGUUUUAAAACUAUUUUGUCAAACACAAAAAUGCUUUCGAGUUAAUUCUUAAUGAAAAAAAGAUAGCUUUUGAUAGCAGUUUUGAAAAUAAAUUUGAAGAUUCUAUAUUACCAACAGAAUAGGAAGAGCUAAAGGCUUAUUAGCCGUUGAUUUAUCCAGCUUACAUCCCAUAAAAAAUACAUUAUCCAUAAUAAAUAUAACCUGAAAUUACUCUUCAAAAACAAGAAAAAUCCUUAAAAGUUACUCUUGAAAAAAGCAUUCAAACAACUCCUAAAAGCGAUUCUAAAGUAAAAUUUGCCUUGCCAUCGUAUUUGAUUCCUAAAAAAGACAAUGUAUUUGUCCAUGUUAAAGACCUUGAGAAAUACGAAGUCCAAAGCUUCAAAAGUGUGUUUAAAAUAUUAUCUGAUAUCACAUAAAGGAAUAUUCAAUAAUAAAAUAAUGAAGUAAAUAAUUUCAAUAAUAAAAGUAUGUCAGUUUCUGCAUUCAGAAAUUGCUUUAGAAAUGUGAGAUCAACACAUUUAUUAGGAAUAGAAAAUCUUAAUAUUUAAAAUUAGUAAUAAAAUUAACAAAUAAUAAAACCAGAUGCUUUAAAUAGAAGUGCUACUUUAACUAAGUUACCUUCAAACAAUUAAAUAUGUUUGUCAUCUUAAAAAAUAAACAAUUCAAGAUCCUAGCGAUCAAUUUCUCUUUAGCAACCUAAAAAUUUGAAUUUAGAAAAUAUUUAAAAAUAAGCAGGAAAUUUGAGUAAAAGUUAAGAAAUAAGUAAGAAUUGUUAAUUGCUUUGUAAAUACGUUAUACUUUAAACCAGACAAACUGAUUUUUGUUCAUAAGAAGAGUAACUUGAGUAUUAAAAAUAAUUUAAUUACAUUUUGAAUAGAUUAACAUUGAAGAUAUACUUAAAUUAUAUGGAUCAUCUAAAUGAGUUUAUUAAAACAAACUAAAUCAAAAAAUCUUUUAAAUUGCAACUGUUUAAAGAAAUUUGUAUAAUUUAUGAAAACUAUUUAGAAAAUAACCCUAAAAACAUAAAAAUAUAUUUUAAGCCUCAAUUUUAGUUUUAAGAAGCUGAAAAACUCACAGAAAACAGCAAUAAUUAAAAAUUUCAAACUAUUCACUCUAUAGGCUUGAAGAAUUUUUUAAAAUAAACUCAAGAAUACAACAAAAACUUAAAAAAACUAGGAAUAGAACCUUAGCAUAAAAAUAGACUUGCAGAUGAUGGAUAGAAAAUAAUUAGCACCAUAUCGAAAAAAAACUUAAGCAAUCUAAAGUUUGAUAUCAUUAAAAAUAUUUCUGUUAAUGUUUAAAAUUUUCCAAAAAUAAUUUGA